AUGUGUAACGACAACUCAGCGAAGCGCGUCUGCGGCCAUGACCUGUCUUGGUACGCCGCCCAAGCCAAGGCUAAGCCGCGCGUGCAUCUCUGCAUGGCCACCAAGGCUGCCGUUAUCCUGACUACCUACUGGGCUCGCUUGACGCCGGCCAACGUCGAACAGCAGCUCGACAACGAACUUGUCUGGCGCCGCUUCCUAGACGCCGGUCGCCUGUCGCACCCAGGCAUCAACAAACACGCCUACAGGCCUGUCUACCAGACGCUCCGCUCCACCAUCAAGACCAUCGUCAGGCGAACCUUUGCUGCUGCUGGCAUCAUUGUCCUGCGUGAUAACGCCUGGGCCUACACGGCGGUCGCUGCAGACUGCUUCCGAAGCGCUGAGCACGUGGUGGCAUGGUACCAGGCCACCCUCGAUGCCGCUGCCAGGGCCAGCCAAGCCAGGGCUCCCGUGCAGAUGGACGACAUUGCUGAUCAACUGGCCCGGUUCGCCAUGUGUGACGACGACAUUGCUCCUGCUGCUGCUCCUCCUCCUGCCACAGGUCCCACUCCGGUGUCGGUUGCGUCCAUGGCAUUGUCAUCCGGACGGACUAAUGGAGCUGGUUGCAACCCAUUAUCCGCCGGCCUAUCCAACAACCACCCCAUGCCGCCGCCCAAUCCUCUUCCUACUCCCGACGUAUCCCUAGCGUUCAUAAACCAGGACCUCGCCAGGCCACCACCCAAGGUCAGCCACGCCAAGCAGGAGGUGUAUCCAAGCCUGGGCGCCGAUCCGACGACCGAUUCCGACCGAGCCGAGCACCAAACACUGAUAAUGGAUGGCGGAUGGCGAACCCUAGACGCAGGGCGAGAGAUGCAGGCGGCAUGCCCAAGGCCGAUCGAGGCGCAGGCGCAAGCGCAGGCUCAGGCUUCGCCAGCUACCGACGGAUCGGCCGAAGCUGUGCCAGUUCAGGGCCUACUUCUUGAACUCGUCGACAAGGCUAUCCGCUCCACUACAGUGUCGACUACUCGUGAGCGGUGUCGAGAGUACAGCGAGAUGCUGCACCUUGUAAUGCAGCUGGCAGGUCAACUGGAGCAUGAACAUCGGAUGAUGCUACUCAUAAUGGAGCUGGGAAGUCGCGAGGAAUAA